CGCAGCUCCUCCUCCUCCGCCGCCGCCGCCACGCUCCGUAGCAGGCCGCCGCCAACGCCUUCCCGUGGGGCGGCGCGUGUGCCUGAGGCCUGUGCUCGGGCGGGAGCGACGACGACGGCGACUGGGCCUCCGUCUCCCAUGGCCGGGACGCGCUGGGUGCUGGGCGCGCUGCUCCGGGGUUGUGGCUGCAGCUGCAGCAGUUGCCGCCAGACCGGCGCGGCCUGCCUCCCUCUGCGCCCCGCCGCCGCCGCCGCCGCCUCCUUCACCGCCGCUACCGACGCCCUCGGCCCCUCAGGCGGCCGCCGCCACCGCCUCCUGGCUUUCCUCGGGGCAGCCACGCAGAGCCGCGGCUUCGCCAGCUCCGCCGGGCCCGUGCCUGGCUUCGGCGCCCUGCGGGGCUCGCUGCUUGCGCCGGGCCUCGCGGGGAGAUGCUACAGCCGGGAGCCCACUACCCCAUUUUCGGACGACUAUCCUCCCCUCUCUGAGUAUGAGGCGCCUCCAUCCAAGCCAAGCGAAGAGGACGAUGUGUAUCUCAUUCGAGCCCAGGGUCUGCCUUAUUCCUGUACUGAGGAAGAUGUUCUCAACUUUUUUGCAGGCAGCAAGAUUCGAAACGGUGUGCAUGGCAUACACUUCCUCUUAAAUCGUGAUGGGAAGCGCAGGGGAGAUGCUCUGGUUGAAUUGGAGUCAGAACAAGAUGUGCAGAAGGCUUUGGAGAAGCAUCGAAGGUAUCUUGGCCAGCGCUACGUGGAAGUUUUUGAAAUUCACAACGAGGAUGUCGAAGCCAUCAUGAAGAGCUUGCAGUCCAGUUCGGCUUCCGUGACCAACGAUGGGGUCGUACGACUGAGAGGCCUCCCGUAUAGCUGCAUUGAAGCAGACAUUUCGGAGUUCUUCUCAGGCUUGACUAUUGUGGACAUAACAUUUGUCAUGGACCAGAGAGGAAGGAGAAAAACAGGAGAGGCUUUUGUCCAGUUUGCUACACCUGAAAUGGCUAAUCAGGCUUUGCUGAAGCAUAAGGAAGAGAUUGGGAACCGGUAUAUAGAAAUAUUCCCAAGCCAGAGGAGCGAGGUCCGUACACACAAUGGUUUUUACCGGGGUAGGAAAAUGAUGGGUUAUUCGGGUAUGAAGCAAGACCCCGAAUCAGUUUUUGAGGAGAGUGAAUUGUGUGAGGCCCUGAGACCUGCCACAGCUUUUGAAAGCGACACAGAAAAUGAUGUUUUUAAGCAAGCAUUUGAAAAGCCUCGGGAGGUGUCAGAAUCUGGGAACUUCUCCUCGGUUCACUUUGUUCACAUGAGGGGUCUACCUUUCCAUGCAACCGCCCAAGAUAUUAUAAAUUUUUUUGCUCCCCUGAAGCCUGUGAGGGUCACGAUGGAAUACAAUUCAACUGGGAAACCAACUGGAGAAGCUGAUGUGCACUUUGAGACACACGAAGAUGCAGUCGCUGCCAUGGCCAAGAACAGGUCACACGUGCAGCAUAGAUACAUCGAACUAUUCCUGAAUUCUUCAUCAAGCAGGAACAAUGGUUGCCAGUGACAAUAGCAUAAUUCCCAAAGUUUAGGAUAAAUAUGCAUUUCAUUUGCACACUUUCCUAGCGCUGGAUUGCAGGAGUUCCUGUAACUAGCAAGGAUAGAAUCUAAAGGACACUUUGUUUUCUGAAUUGCCUUUCAACGAAGAAAAAAAACCAGCAGCUGUACCUGAAACCCUAUGAAUAGUUUGUGCAUAAUCUUGUCGUACAUAAAAAAAACCAAAAUUAUUUGUUGGUCUGUCUAUCAGUCAGCUUCUAUAGAAUGGACCCUAGUAGCAGAGGGGGGCCAAGCUUUGAUCCACAGCUGCAACAUACACCUGUUCCUAAAUGUGGCUGGUGCUGAUGUAAAGCUGCCAAUAACUUCACUAAGCAGAUGGAAACACUGGAGUUUCAGAGGCCAAACUGGGAAUGAACACACAACAGAUCAAAGGGGGGGGGAUGCCUUCUUCCCGUGCCCUGCUUCUGGUUAGCUUUGUGAGGAAGUAAUUGGCACAGUUGUAUCUGUACCAGCCCAUUCCACGGAACAGUGUCCUUGCGGGGAGGGGCUGAGAGCCUGCACAAAGGAGCAGGAAAGUUUUUGUGUAACUGAGUGCAUGUGGGGUUUUGGUCUGGUUUAAAAUUGGGCGUGUGUGUGCAUAUUGCGUUCUGGCUGGAAAUAAAAGUACUUCAGAAAAGCUGCUGAUUCUCCAAAAGGCCUUUUUUUGUGGGAUCCCCUUGUGACACACGUAAAUGUUCACGUAGCUCAGGUUUUAGUCCGGACUGACUUUUGUGGUUAAAGACACAUUUCCUUUCACCUUUUUCAAAGUAAGGUCAGUUUUAUUGUUCGGGUGAUCAUUUCCUCUUUAGAAAACAGAACUCUUCCUGCCCAGUUCAGGUGACAAAUGUUUGAAUCUGCCAUUACCUUUAGUAGUUCUGAUGUAUCGACAAAUGCCUGCAUUGUAUGUGUAUGUAUACAUAUGACGGCCACCAUGUGGAAUUCUCAGAUUAUCAGGGGCUGACCUACUUGUGACGUCUCCGAAUACCCCUACCAGGUAAAUGAGAGGUUAGUCAGACCUGUGAUGACGUUUGCCAUGUGAUCUUCGUCUUCCCCCCCCCCCUUCCUUUUUAUUUUUCUCUGCAAAGCCGUAUAUAUUUUACAGAAUCUUUACUAAGCGAUCUGAUUUCACGUGGCGUGUGACUGUCUUUUCUUCCACAUAGCCUGUGUGUGUAGUAGAGGCCAGUAUAUGCCCUGGAUGAAGUUGUGACCAGCACUCGAGGUCUCCAAUUGCUGCUGGCAGAUACUGCUUAUAGAUAUAACCGUUGCAUUCACCUGUCUGAUCAUUAAUGUAUAAAUAUAAUAAAUGAAAGCCUUUUUUCCUUCCUUA